GUCCGUGCGAGGAAGAUUGGCCUCGCUGCCCUGCCGUACUCGGAGCCUUAGCAGCGUGAGAGUUGGAAAGCGAGCCUUCCUCGGCCGCUGGUGCGGUUCUUGCAGCCUGUGGAUUGGAACUUCCACGCUCGCGGGAUUCGAAAACGUCAUAAUGGCUCAGAACGUUCAGAACGUUACUCUCUCUCUCACGCUGCCCAUCACUUGCCACAUUUGCCUGGGAAAGGUCCGUCACCCUGUAAUCUGUGCCAACAACCACGUGUUCUGCUCCAUUUGUAUCGAAGUUUGGCUGAAGAACAAUAGCCAGUGUCCUGCUUGUAGAAUCCCUAUCAGUCCAGAUAACCCUUGCAAAGAGGUCCUUGGAGGAACAAGCGAAAGUAAUCCUGUGUUUAGCCCUGUGAUCAGAAAACAGCUCCGCAAAACGAGGCUUGAGAUACUGCACAAAGAGUAUGAGGAUGAGAUUGAAUCUCUGCAGAAAGAGAUGGAAGAGCUGAAAGAGAAGAACCUUAGCUUGGAGUCCCAGCUGAAAUCUGUUCUGUGCCCCCUGACAUUGGAUGUGUCAGGAAAAAAACAGGAGAGUCCUCCGCUCUCAGACGAGGAGCACAAACCUGAUCCUGAGAUGUUGGCACUGUGGACCCAGAAGCUUCAGGCAGCGAAUGAUCUGUAUGAAAAAGCGAAAGAUGACAUGGACAAGUUAAUGGAGGUAAAUAAGAAACUGAGGCUUGAAAACGGUGGUCUUCUGAGGGAGAACUUGAGGCUAAAGGCUGAGGUUGGAAGCCGAUCACCCCAGAAGUUUGGGAGGUUCACGGUCGCUGCCCUUCAGUCCAAGCUAGAACAGUCCGAGCGGGAAAUGAACCGCCUGAAAAAGGCCCUGGAGAGAAGCGAUGCCUACAUAGAAGAUUUGGAGUCACAGAUUUCUCAGCUGAAGAGGGAAGGCGAGCAGAGGAAAACUGCAGAUGCCGAAAGUGAUGUUCCUGUUCCCAUGGAGGAGAAAGAGAGUGAAGGUGCCCCCAACAAGAAUGCAUUGUUAGAAAGCCCAGGGGAGAGCAUAGACCCAAAUUGCCUGUGUGUGAACCGUCCCCCUGAUGAUCUUGAGCAGCCGGCACGUAGCGGACUGUUAAGCAGCAGCAAUGACGUGUGUUUAAAUGCAGGCAGCCAGGGUUGUUCGGAUGAAUCUGUAGCCCAGCAGUGUGCUGCUGGAAGGGAGGUUUUUUCGGGCUCUCAAGGGAGUCUCUUGGAUAUAUCGGGCUCCGAUAUGGAUACCUGUUCAGAACAAACAUGGGAUAAAAUUGGACCCUAUAAAGAAGAACUUUAUGACCUUCCGGAUCCAUGUACGCCAUUGUCUCUUAGUUGCCUCCAGUUGAACACACCCAACAACAAAGACGAUCCUGUGGUGAAAGAGGAGAGCACAAGGGAGCCCCCCACCUUUCUGAGGAAACUGGAAUUUGAAGACUUUGGGGAGGCAUCAGAUGACUGUAGCAAAGGCUCCCCACAACACAGUGCAAGCAGUUGUGAGAGUGUUGAAAACAAGGUGACUUGCUUUCCAUCAGAAAAACCAGUCUUUUGGAACAGGUGCCGGCCCCACUACGAUGAGAAUUUGGAUUUUGAAGGCUCUGAAACAAAUACAGUCACCAGUGACUCCGGGGAGUCUUCAUCCAAAUCCAGUGAAAAAUCACACAACCAGAGUGUGCCUAAGAAACUGAGUUCUGUCCGUUCUUUGGAAAUGAACCGCACCCGAACGUCCAGUGAGGCAUCUAUGGAUGCUGCCUACCUUGAUAAAAUCUCUGAACUGGACUCCAUGAUGUCUGAAUCAGACAAUAGUAAGAGUCCCUAUUACCCUUCCAAGUCUUCUUCAGACCUGGAUAAUUCUUGCAAGUCAACACAAUGUCCUGAUCAUCUGACUGAAAAAGAGAAAGGUAUGAAGGAAAGAAAGGAACAAAAUUCCCUCAAAUGUCCUCUGCCGAGCGAACAUUCGGAAGAGGGGAGCGAGUGGAAAUCUACAAGUUUUUCGAUCCUUUCUCCCACAGCAUUAGAUGUCACAGAACCUUUUCCACUCUUUGGUGGCCGGACGUCUGAAACAAAUGAAAUGAAACCUCAGAGCUUCUUAUAUCAAAGGGAGCUUUCCCCGAGCUUUCUCUUUAGUAAUUCGCGCGGAUCAUUUGAAGAGCACAAACUUGGGCCCUCUCUUUUUAAGGUGGCGCCUGAGCUGCAAAACCUCCACAACCAACUCCAGUCUCCAUGGUCAUCAUCCUUUGUACCAGACCGAAAAGCCAAAAGCAUCCAUGCAUCAGCAAAAAGGAAAAUUCACAACAGCCUGUCUAGCGCCAGUCCAUCAAAAACCACCAAGAACUGAUUCCCUUGUUGACUGACAUGUUUUCUAAGCAGAAAUAUCUGUAGUGCCAAUGUGAUGAUGUUCAGGUUUCCUGCCCCCACCCCCAAAAUUAAUUCGUCUUAGGUCCUCCUUUGACCUCAGCUUGUCUUCUACUUAAACACUGAGCGAUGGAGCCCACCUGUAGCCUCUGGUUAGAGUCCCAAACUAUUUUGCUGAAGAUGCAGUCUUUAAAAUCAUUCAUAGCUUGAUAAAUGUCUUCUGUUUUAGAGCUCUUUGGAUUUUGUUUUAGUAUUGGGUUACAUGAAGUCUUCUAUCCCAUGAAGAGCUGUUAAAUGUCCGGUUACUGAGUGUGAUAGAUUUUUCAGGACAGAUUCUCAUUGAAACCAGUGUUUCUAGGGUAAGCGACUUAUAGGAGAACAUCUUAAUUGCUUCUCUUAAGGAGGGAUUGUGAUGGCUGCUGUUGCUGAAACCAGCUUUUCUCAGAACCUGGCUUUCAGAAUUAAAAAUUUGCCUGCUCAUAUCUGCAUGAGUCUCUCUCAUAUCUAUCUCUCCUGCAUCUGUAGUGUUCAAUGUGUAGCUAAUAGUAAAUUUCUUUGCCAAGUUUUCAGCUAGAAAAAACUGUCUCGUUGCUCAAGGCGGAGAACCCAAUUAUUUUUCUUCCUCCUUUUUUUUCUUUUAAUUAAACACCACUUUUAACCAUUUCCUUUAAGGCGCCACUUGUACAAGACUGUGUGAUUUGUGCCUGUGUAGUUCAUAAAAAUGGGUUGGUAUGCUAAUGGCUUGUUUACCAAAUGUGCACUGAGCAUUUUACAUGAAUACUGUACUGUUUUACAUUAAUACUGCAUGCUUUUCUAUGUGGAAUGAAUAAAAAGUCACAAACA